AGUAAAAUUUAUAAUAUUUAAUAAAAUUUAUUUUUAAAUAUAAGUUAGAUUUAAAAAAACAUUUUACUGCAAAACACCUAGUAGAAUAGAGAUGGGUUGAAGAUAUUCUAAUCCAAACAUAAAUAUAAAUGUAUCUGAAUAAAAAAGGAAAAAAAAUUUGCAAUUAAUAAAUUAGGAUUUGGAUUAAGAUUGGAUUAGGAAACUGAAAAGAAAGAUUUGAAAAAUCAUGAAUAUCCAGAAAAUAUUUUGUUGAAUUUAUCUUUUUCAUAUAUAUAUAUAUUAACCUAAGUUAAACAUAAUCGUGUACAAUUAUAAAGCUCCUCCAAGUAUUGUAUUAUGAUAGUAGCAACAUUUAAUUCUCAGUAGUAUGAUUCUUUGAUGAUUGUUGAACUCUAGUUUUCUUCGUUUUUCUAUUACCCCAAUAACACAUAGUAAAGAGUACUAAAGAAUCAUAACACAGAGAUAUCACCAUGUGACAAAACGAAAACUACGAUAACAUGUGAAGAACAUAACAAUUGUUGCUCAAUAUCAAAACAUAUAUAUUUAAAAUAUUGUUUCAUCUCCAGGUUACAGGAUCAUAUAAUAAAAUCUCAUUCAACUUUAAUCGUCAAGUAAUAAUAAUCUUUCGAGACAUCACACAUCAUGUAUCUUAUCAUAUCGUAUACCAAAUGCAGAAGAAGAAAAAAGAAGAUGGCCUACUUAUCUAAGGUAGUUAACAAGUGGUUAUAAAGUGCCAACAAGUAUACCGAAAUCAUUAUUCUUGUCCUCGAACUUUUUUAUAAAUGGAUGACUCUGAGAUCAUGAACAAGAAUCGAAUGUUUCAUCAAAAGAUCCAAAAGGUUGUUAUCAAGAGAGAAAAAUAGAGCGAGUAAAACUAUUUCGAAUUUUAAUUGCUAUAAUUGAUAAAUGUAGUGUUUAGUUUAAAUCUAGCUAAAAGAUCUUAUCACAAUAUAGGAGAUAAACUGCAUUAAUAACUUGAUGGCCCGAAUCCAAGUAUAAAUGAAAAGGUAUCUAAAUAAAAUGGAAAUUUUUUUGCAAUUAAUAAAUUAGGAUUAGGAAAAACAAAAUAUUGAAAUUAAAAAAAAAGGAAAGAUUGAAAAAUUAGAUUUUUGUUGAUUUUUUUUGCUUUUUUUUCUUCAUAUAUAUUAAACCCUAAAACUAGGAUUCGUUUUCAUCUCUCUGCUGCGUAAAAUUCGUGAGAGCAUUAAAAUUCGUCGGGACAAACAAAAAUAUGGUGAAAGAGAGGUUCAACGAGUUACCAGAUGAACUGAUCGUGACGAUACUCUCAAAGCUACCGACGUUUAAAGAAAGCGUUGCAACACGUCUCAUAUCAAGACGGUACGAGGAUCCUUGGAACCUUGCGCAGGACGUCACGCUUGAAGAUAACGAUGAGGAGAGUGUCAUGACGUUUCUCUAUGGAUCUUUUUUGUCUAACGAUGCUCCAGCUCUACAGAGGUUGCGUCUCAAGCUUACCCGGAAACAUUCGGCUUCAGACAUCGACUUUUGGGUUCAAACCGCGGUUAACCGAAACGUGAGAAAGCUGAGAUUCGACUUGUCUGGUGGAACCCUAGAACUGCCGAGUUGCUUGAGCACAUGCACAACCCUAAAAUCGUUGAUACUACGUGACGUACUUAUCGAGGCUGUUCCUUGGGGUUUUCGUUUGCCAUCUCUCAGAAGUCUACACCUUUUCUCGGUUAACUUCUCGAUUGGUGAUUCCGUUGCAAAUCUUUUAAAAAUCUUCCCCCAUCUUGAAUAUUUGGUUUUAAACCAAAUCAGAUAUGAUGUGGACCAUGUGGAUAGUGAGUUUGCUCCACUUCGGUUCUUCUUAUCAUCACUCAAAAGUCUUCACCUUUGCUCGGUUAUAUUCUCCGGCAAAAAUCCCGUUACACGUUUUUUACGUAGCUGUCCGGUUCUUGAAACUUUGGUUAUAAAUCAAACCAAAUGUGCCUACGAGAUGUUCGAGGUUGUUUUUCCACCAAGAUCUUGUCUGUCAUCAUCACUCAAAACCCUACACCUUUUUUCGGUUAACUUCUCGAGUGAUGAAUCUGUUGUAAAGCUUUUAGAAAAUUGUAAGGCUCUUGAAGACUUGGUCAUAACCCGAACCAGAGAUGACAAUGUGUGGUUAUUCAAUAUCACCGUGCCUACUCUCAAGAGCUUAUCUAUUAAUAACGCGAAGGUGAAACGCGCUGAUGCUCCUGGGUUUGUUAUAAAUGCUCCUAAUUUGGAGAGAUUGAGCAUUAAGGAUACCGUCAGUAACUUUCUAAUGUUUGGAUAUAUGCCCGAGGUGACCACGGCAAAUAUUGAGGCUGUUUGUGACCAAUCUGAAAAUUUUAUAGGGUCUCUUACCUUCAUCCAACAUCUGUCUCUCUGUUCUCCAACGUCAAAGACUCCAUAUACUAGCGGCACUGUCUUCUUCUUCCUCGAACAUCUAGAGCUAUGUACGUGUUCUGCUAGAUGGGCGAAACUACUUGGCUCUAUACUCAAUGACGCUCCAAGACUUCAGUCUAUCAAGCUUAAGUCGAAAUGUAGCGCUCCUUUCAAGCGUCCGUUGGAACUCUGGACCGAACCAACAGUUGUUCCAGAAUGUUUACUGAAGCAUCUUGAGAUCUUGGAAUGGAGAGAAUAUGAUGGCACAGAGCAAGAGAGGAAAGUGGCUGCGUACAUACUAGGAAACGCUACUUUUCUAAAGAUGGCUACAUUCUCGACAAGGUGCGGAGACGAAUGUAAAGAGUUGAAGAAAAUGUCCAGAGUUUCAGAGAUAUGUCAGUUAGUGUUUGAGUAAGCUCUUAGAUUAGAGUGUGUCUCUGGAAAACAGGAGAGGUUCUUAGCUUCUUUCUUCCUUGUUCCGUGUCUCUUAUGAGAUAGUGUGUCUCUGAAAGACUAGAGAGUUUUCUUCUGUUUACAUUCCAGAAAAACAAAGACAAAAUCAAAUAUAAUGUAAAACAGUCUGAAAACAUAAUUAUGUACACUUACAAAGCUCUCCAAAUUUAUCCCUAUAUAUUAGUUGAGGAGCAUUUUUAAUAAAAGUAUUAAAUGUAUAAAAGCAACCUUACCGGUUCACAUUCAAACUAGAUAUCUCAAAACAAAAAAAAAUAUUAUUAUUUGAUCAGUAUUCAUUUAAAGAUUAAUUUUUGUUUUAUGCUUUAAAGCAAAUACAAUUAGGCAAAAGACAUGUGGUCAUAUGGCGUUUUUAAACUUGUGCCAGAAGUUCGCCUGCAAGGACCUUCAUCUCUUCUCUUUCAUACAUUUUAUAUUUUAUAAUUUUUUUCUUAGAUACUCUAUCCAGAAAUCACGAGAAGAAGUGUUCUAAGUUAUUAACAAAAAUGACAUCACCAUAACACUACAAGAAAACACGCUAUAUUCCGACGGACGUUCCGACGGACAACAAAGUCGUCGGACGAAUUUGACGAUUUUCCGACGGCAUUCCGACGAAACCAAAAAAUACAACUUCGUCAGAAAUUCGUCGGAAUAUACCGACGACUUUCCGACCAAAGAGUGAGCGUCGGUAUAUACCGACGCAAUUCCGACGACAUUCUGAUUUAAUAUAUAACCGUUACGUUCGUCCGAAAUUCGUCGGUAUAUACUGACGACUUUCCGACGACCUUGCGAUCAAUAAUAUAACCGUCGCUGUCAUCGGAAGUUCGUCGGCAUAUACCGACGAAUUUCUGACGAACCUUUUGACCGUUGCCGACAAAUACAUAUGACCAUUUUAUAGCCGUUGAAAUAGGAAUUCCGACGGAUAUGACCGUUAGGAUCGUCGGAAUUCCGUCGGAA